AUGGCAAAAUUCUAUGAUUUAGAUGACGACAUCCUCCUUAUUAUUCUUUCUCUCAUCUCACAGCGUGACGCACUGCGACUCGCGUCGACAUGUCACUUCGGCUACAAUAUCGCCCUGCCCCGUUUUCUUUCCAAGGUAGAUAUUCAGUAUUCCAUGCGGAAGUCGCACAAAGUUGCCGGGUUUUGCAAGUUCAUGCUGGCUGAUGCGCCCCGUCGGUUGCCGUAUCUUCGCGAAUUCUCCCUCGCAGAUGGUUGUCCUUACUUUCCGCAACCCUUUAACCAUUCUAUCGAUCCCGAAAGCGUGGCUCUGUUGGUGCAGGUGCUGCGUCGAGCUACUGAGAUCAAGAAACUCACUAUCGGCAACGAAGACGACUUAUUGAUGAAUCAUCCGGAGCUUCUCGAUGCGUUGGCUGCACUUCCUCAUCUCCAGACCAUUCGCUUGGAGUACUGUGGUUGGCCAUCAUUGACCCUCUUGUCUCGCAGCAUCAGUUGUCCUCACACACUAGACAUCUUCGACUGCAAUCUGGGUGGCUCUGAGGGCGAUGACGACCUUCCUAUCGCUCAGAACAUUGUCACAUCUGUCAGAAAUAUGAAAGUGCAACUCUCACAUCUGGGCAUUGACGACGAUCUCGAGGAGGAUGGUCUUGAGUUUGUACCAACUCGAUUGUUGACCCGUACCGUUUGGUCAUCCGUUCGUGCGCUGAACCUCAGCGAAUGUUCCGACAUGAGCGACAUCGCCCGUGCUUUCCCGAACUUACAUAACCUCACAUACUCUAAUACCGACCCUCGCCCAGUGGACCAUGACCCCUUAGUCAAAUGGUCCAAUCUUGACAGUGUCAUGGCAAGGUGCCGCGUGCCCCUAGCAUCGCGUGUGCGCAGGCUCGUGCUACGGUACACAUGUCCGCCGGAGGCCGAGUUCCUAACGCUGCUGCAACGCUGCACACCCACUAUCCUGUCCUUCAAUGCUAGUCUUGUCUAUGCAUCCUAUUGCGAAGGCGUGCAGGGACUCAUGACACGAGCAGUGCGGUCCAAUUUGAGAUACCUCGAACUGUACACCUUCUGGCAUGAAAGGAAUCCGGACCAAAUCGUCCAAAGUGAAAUAGUUCCGGGUAUUAUAAGUUACGUGGGGAUGUUUUCCCAAGUUCCGCUUACCGGAAUAGCAAUCACGUAUUACAAGCCGCUAAGUCUCGAGGUGGAUGGCUUGAUGGGCUUGGCGAAGAAGAUCGCGGCGCUGAUACCUACACUAGCGUAUGUGGGAUUGGAUCUCUCUGAACGCAAGUCAAGCCUCCAUCCGAUUGCGUUUAAAUGGUACUCCGUGACAUCCAGAGCAGGAGAGUCCCCGGAGUUAGAACAGCUCUCCGAGGUCGAAGGACGGAGGAUCGAGGUCGAACUGAACGAUAUUGACCAUAUUUGA